GUGAUUAAGCAGAAACAUCAAUUACAACAACUUUUAAAAUUAUGAAAUCACAUAUUGCUCUCAUUCUGCUCUUUUCACUUGCCCUGUACACUAAUGCAAGAAAAGAUCCUGGAGAAUAUUGGAGAGAUGUGAUGAAAGAUGAGCCAAUGCCUAAAGCAAUCCAACAUCUUAUGCCUCAGCCACAUAAAGAGAAAAUUGAUUGUCACAAAUUAUCUUUUGAGCCAAUUCCUAAUGUAUCUAGUUACCAUAAUGAUGAGGCUGGUCUCAAACAAGAAAAGGAUUUCGAGCCAAGACCAAAUGUAUCUAGUUAUCAUGAUGAUGAUAGCGUUCGUCUCAAACAAGAAAAAGAUUUCGAGCCAAGACCAAAUGUAUCUAGUUAUCAUGAUGAUGACAAUGUUCGUCUCAAACAAGAAAAGGAUUUCGAGCCAAGACCAAAUGUAUCUAGUUAUCAUGAUGAUGAUAACAUUCGUCUCAAACAAGAAAAAGAUUUCGAGCCAAGACCAAAUGUAUCUAGUUAUCAUGAUGAUGACAAUGUUCGUCUCAAACAAGAAAAAGAUUUCGAGCCAAGACCAAAUGUAUUUAGUUAUCAUGAUGAUGACGAUAUUAGUCUCAAACAAGAAAAAGAUUUCGAACCAAGGCCAAAUGUUUCCGUGUACCAUAAUUAAUAAUAUGACACUUAAAGAGUAAUAUGUGUGAGAGAGUGUCUUCUUGCUAUUUUUGUGCCUCCCAAUGUUGAAUGGAUCAUGAAUAAAAAGAUAUUGUUUUAUGGUUGUAUUCAAA